AUGCUCGCCACUCACUGGCUACCAGCCGCCCGGCUGAACAUCAACCAAGCGCGAAAGUUCUCCCUACUUUCCACCCAUGCUACAUUCCCCGCGACAAUGUAUCGAUACCAGCUGGAGCGCAAGGCCACACUAUACGAUGUGACCCAAGACGAGACCCGCCACAGAAAGGAUGCAGUCAGUGUAUCUACAGAUGGGUUGGUUCACGCAACGAUCUCGAAGUCAAGCCCCUACUCCAAUGGGCCAAUCUUCAUGCCGAAUUCUCGUCUCAUGCAGCAAAUGCUGCGCUUUGAUUUUGCGCGGUACCAGGAAGAGAUCGGCGAUGGCAAAUGCCCUAUGGAUCCCACGGUUAUCAGUGUUCCACGAGGUACUCCCAUCCCAUCCGCGCUAGUACUAUGGAGAGAGGGCGUGUCUCGCUUCUCCCUGCAACCUUCAAGUCCUAUGGAAAUCGAAAAGCUGAAUGACAUACUCAGCGAGUUCUACGAAAAGUCUGCGACAGUUGUCGGCGCAGAGGAAUGGAUCGAGAACCAUCCAUACCGGGAGAGCUUUGCUGACGAAAACGAGAAAGGAUGGAUGGUGUAA